GUGGUGGAAUAGAAAUAUAAACUUGUGUAAAAUGGAAAUAUUCAAGUAAAGUACAACAACCUCAAAUUUGUACUUGAGUAAAUAUACUUAGUUACAUUCCACCACUGAUUUCAGGUGCUCAUUUUAAACAGGUAAUCUAUAUAUUACUUUGUCUCGCAACAGCUGUAAAAAAAAACAACAUUUUACCUAUGAAACAGCUAAUCUAUGACUGGAAGCAAUCAGUGUGAGCAUAAAUGACAACCUUCCAGUUUGAUGUAAAAAGUGAAGGCGAUGCAAGCAACACAUGUAGUACAAUUUGUACUUUUACUUUGAAGGAGCACAUAACCAAAACAUGAUCUACACAAAAUAUCAACACACACAUACAGUAUAUUGUCACCUGUUAACUAAAAACUAUACAGUACAUUGGAUAUACUUGUGUGGUGAUAAUGGAUUUAAAAAAAAAACCCCAGCUAAAUAAAAAAUGGAGUGGAAAGCGAAGCUUUUUGCAUGAAAACAUUCACCAUCUUGUUCAGAUUCUCUGUGCAGGCGUCGUCCUCCUUUUUCCGAGGGCAAGAGAUCACAUCGUCCACUUGUAGUUCUUGCUCAGUGGCAGUAUCGUUGGUUGUGAGAUGUGUGUGUGUGUGUGUGUGUGUUCGUGUGUGUCUGUGACAGGUUGGAAGUGUUGACAUACAGUCAGACACACCACAAGACAGGCCUGAUGGGAUGUUUUAUGAUCAUGAGGUGAUAAAUAUAUAUAUAUUUUUUACUCCUGAUCAAACUCACAACUCUUAACCUUUGCUGUGUGUGUGUGUGUGUGUGUGUGUAAAGGGCAGACAGUUAAGGGAGAAUUUGAUCCUUAAACCCAGCAUGGGACAGGGUACAUGCACUGCAAAAAAUGGCAUGCUUACCCUUGCAAGUUAUUUUUAUUUUGUAUUAAAACAGAUCUAGGGCGGUUCAAAAUAGGUUUAAUGCUAUAAUGCUAUUUCUGAUGACUUAUGAAUGUGAAUAUAUAUGCUAUAUAAAGACAUCAGAUUGGACAUUUAACUUGUUUCAUAUAAAUGAUCUAAUAAAUCAUAUUAUGAUGAAGCACAUUUCAUUACUUGGAAUCAAAUUAACUAUUGUUAAGCUACUAUAGAAAGAUUAGUCCACUGAAAAUCCACCGAAAUGAGCAGAUCUGACUGGUAGAUCAAGUCUCACUGCCACUGAGCUCCUUGUUAUUUGCUGAGCAUGCUGGGAUCUUAUUCCACCAGGACCGACACGUCCGCGUCUCCCUGGAUCCCCUCAGCAUAUUUACUGCCUCAAUAAAAUGAAGCAAAGAAGAGCUGCCCUCUGAAUCUCUACGAGCUUCUGGGGGGAAAAAACUGUUAUCUCCAUUUGUGGAAAACUUAUUGGAAUGCAUGGUUAAUUCAUGUCAGCAGCGUGUGGUUCACCUGCCACCAAACAAUUUGCUACAUUAAGCCACGUGUGGAGGAAGGACGACACGUUUGACGUCUGGCCCUGGUCCUAAAGCAGAAUUGUAUCCAGCUCCUUGUCCUGUGUCACGGAGGCUAAGCGCAAGAUUGGUCAUACUAUACAUUUCCCCCUCUUCCCAGACUGUACCAUGGAUCAUGUGCUGAACAUUGCUGACUCUUACAUCUUCACUCCGUACUUUUACCCGGCCUCAUGGCCCGAGGACGGGGCUCUGCGGCAGAUAAUCAGCCUGUGGGUGGUGACCAACCUGGGAGCAGAGCUGAUUUACCUGGGCUUUGGUGCUCUUAACUUCUACUAUGUGUUUGACCAUAAGCUCAUGAAACAUCCACAGUUUAUUAAGAACCAGGUAAGAAAAGAGAUUCAACUAGGAACUGUGUCCAUCUUCUGGAUGAGCUUCCCCACAGUGGCCCUUUUCUUCUGGGAGGUCAGGGGAAACAGCAAACUUUAUGACAACAUCAGCGAAUCUCCUCUGGGCUGGCCUGGGGUGUUCCUGAGCAUUGCUGGUUUCUUGUUCUUUACUGACAUGUGUAUCUACUGGAUACACCGCUCCAUGCACCAUAAGAACAUUUACAAGCACUUACAUAAGCAACACCAUAUAUUCAAGAUCCCUACGCCUUUUGCCAGCCAUGCCUUCCAUCCACUCGACGGCUUCCUGCAGAGCUUACCCUAUCACGUCUACCCUUUCAUCUUCCCCCUCCACAAGGCGGUCUACCUCUCACUCUUCAUUUUUGUCAACAUCUGGACCAUUUCCAUACACGAUGGAGACUACCGCCUCCCCGGCCCCCUGAUAUGUCUGAUCAACGGUGCUGCUCACCACGUAGACCAUCACCUCUUCUUCAACUACAACUACGGACAAUACUUCACGCUUUGGGAUCGUCUAGGGGGCUCCUACCGACACCCCUCGGCCCUGCUGCAGAAGGGGCCACAUGACCACGUUCGCAAGCUCACGGCAGAGGCUGCACAAACACAGUUUUGAUGGAGCUACAGUCAGGAUUUUUCUUUUCUGGUUUAAACCUUGUAGGGAGAAAAGCAGAGAAAGCAGAGACAAGGAAAAUACAAUGGAUUAUUUUUUCCAAAAAGAGUUAUGUUAAAUACAAAUAAAAUGAAAGCAGGUUAAGAGGGAAUUACAUUUUCCUUAAAGAUUUCUGGAUAACAUGGUUAAAUGCACUGCAUAGAGAUAACUAGGCUAGAAAUAAGACUGUACCACAGUGAAUAGCUGAGCUCUAAGUGAUCCAUUUUCACAUCCACAUCCAUUUUUUUUUAGAAACACCUCUCAAUAUAACACAAUACAACAUCACCACAAACCACAUCCUCCAAAAUGGCCAUAGAGUUGAACCAACACCUCAAUAUAACAGUUUUGACAAAAACUGAACAUUUCAACCUUGAUGAAAGUAGGAUUUAUUGCAUGGUUGUUGAUUAGACUGCAUUAGUUUUAGUUACCUAAUACAGUGUAGUUCCUCUUAAAAACUUUCCCUUUUCUCUUAAAACCUUCAUUGGUUAUGCUCCCAAAUUUAGCCAGUCCACAUUCUUGCAUAUCAGUGACUUGGAAGAACAUUUUUUUCAGUAUUUUAGUAGCUUUGACCAUCCCCUUGGUCAAAAUAAAUUAUUUUGUGUGUGUGUGUGUGUGUGUGUGCACGCACAAGGGUCUUCAGAAGAUCUUGUAUAGAAACAGCCAGAAACUAGAAUUGAGAUAUUAGGUGCUGUUCCUUGCUUGUGAUGUUUGUCAUAUUUACGUCCAGGACUAUAUUCAUACAGGAUGCUCUGAUUUAUGAUCACAACUUUAUAAAAUGAGACUAAAGUUUCAAUGCUUUAUGAUACUUUAUGAAGUGAUGGAAAGUUGACAGAUUUUUUUAGUAAGCAAAGAACACUUUUACAGGCACACACAGUGUCUCACCAGUGUCUCACAGUCCUUCCGACUUUUUGGAUUCAACACAAAAUAAAAAAAAUAUUUUAA